AUGAACCCUUAUAUAGAUCCUUCAUUAGUUUUUGCAAAUAUAGAUGAAGAUUCCGUUAAGGAAACCAGCAAUUUUUUAAAUAAAAACGAAACUUUAGACAAUUACCUUAGCUUUUACUCGUCACAACACAUGUAUUGUGAGCCAUUGAGCGAAAGUAUAAAUAACCUAAAAAACAAUAUAGAACUGAAUAAUGAACAUAAUUUCAUGGAGUCAGAAGUUUUAAAUAAAAAUGAAUUUUAUGAUAUUAGUGAUAAUGUUUUCAGCAAUCUGGGAAGAAGUCAUUUGAGCAGUUUGAACUCUUUAGAGAGCGAAAACGGAAAUACUACAUCCGAAAAUGUUCUUGAAUAUGUUCAGGAUUUCAAUUUAAGGCACAGUGCACAGUAUUACGAAAUUGAAAAUAUGAAAAGUUUUGAAAAUAAUGAAAGAGCAAAAUUGCCUAAUUCAAGGGUUACUCAAAUUGUUGAGGGCAAAAAAGAAGGGGGAGCAGCAAAAGAAGAGGUACUAGCAGAAGAUGAGGUACUAGCAGAAGAUGAGGCAUUAGCAAAAGAUGAGGCAUUAGCAAAAGAUGAAGCACUAGCAGAAGAUGAGGCAUUAGCAAAAGAUGAAGCACUAGCAGAAGAUGAGGCACUAGCAGAAGAAGAGGUAGAAGCGAAGGAAUGUUCCAAAAUUAAAGAAAUAGAUUUAACAUUUCAAAAUCAGAAUAAUUUCAGUUGUUCAAAUGAAGAUGAAAAUAAAAAAUACAAUUCGUCCUCAAGUGAAUCCCUUAACUUUCCCUUAAGUUGCCAGCCCGAAAAUAGCGAUAUGAUGUAUGACGAAUGUGCCUUAACAAACGACUUUUUUGAAACAAUUGAAAAUAUAAAUACCAAGGUUUUUGAAAAAUAUAACAAUUUAAAAGACGUAUCUGAGAAUUUAAUUGACAUCAUAAAUAGAGCAGACUUUGAGAAAAGGAUUAAUAAUUUACUAAAUUUAAAUGAUAAAAAUUCUCACCUCAUUGACAAAUUUAAGAAAAAAAGCGAAGAUUGUAUUCGUCAAUGCCGCAAAUUCGAAACGACGUCCGAAAAUCUAGUUGGUGAAUGUAUUAACACAUUGGCAAACAGCAGCAUAUGCUAUGCUGAGUGGGUCUAUUUGCAUUCCUGUAAGGUUGACCCAGUUGACAAAGUCUUAGAUGAAAUAAAAUUAUUUAUUCAAACAAGCUAA